AUGGUGGUAGUGGAAAGGUCAGCUGAUAGUGGUAGUGGAAGGUCAGCUGAUGGUGGUAGUGGAAGGUCAGCUGAUGGUGGUAGUGGAGGGUCAGCUGAUGGUGGUAGUGGAAGGUCAGCUGAUGGUGGUAGUGGAAGGUCAGCUGAUGGUGGUAGUGGAAGGUCAGCUGAUAGUGGUAGUGGAAGGUCAGCUGAUAGUGGUAGUGGAAGGUCAGCUGAUAGUGGAGGGUCAGAAGAAAUCAGGUGUUUGAACGUCAGCACAAAGGUCAUCUUCUUCGUCAAUGGCAGGAAGUUGAUAGAGGACCAGGUGGACCCCGAGUGUACCCUGGUGUGUUACCUACGUGACAAGUUACGGCUAACAGGCACUAAGGUGGCGUGUGGUGAGGGCGGCUGUGGUGCCUGCACGGUGAUGCUCUCCUGCUACCACCACGAUCGUCACACCGUCAGGUAG